CAGCGGUGAGAAAGCAUGUUCCGGACGAGUAUCAAAAUGGCAUCAUCAACGUCCCUCAAUUUAGUUGGCUCAACUGGACGUUGUUAUUUCUUUAGGAAGUUGAUCCAGGAAAGACCACACCUUGGUCGCGUUUGGUUAGCAUCAUCUGGGAAUGAUUUAUUCAUAUUGAAAGAUAUACCUCAGAACAUAUUCUCAGCCUUCAACGAGAACAUUCGACCAAGACUUCCUCAAACUCCCCGCAUACGACUACCACUGGACACUAUCCCAGAUCAGCGCAUAUUUGUGUAUAAAUACCUGAAUGAUGAUUUCUUGAGUCUGGUUCGGAAUCAGAUCCCAGUGCGAGCUCGGAAGGAGAUCCUCAAAGCUACUUUGCAAGGAAUUGCAGAUAUACACGACCGCGACAUUGUCCAUUUAGAUGUCAAGCCUGACAACGUUGUGGUCAAUUACCGCCAUGUUGACCAAGAGGUCGUAAUCAAACAGGUACAAAUCUCUGAUCUUGAGAAUGCUGCCUAUCUCCCAAAGCCUAGGUGUAUCAAAGGAAUGCUAGCUGGAAAUGAUAACUGGCGCAGCCCUGAAGGUCAUUUCAAGGGAGAGCUGAACAAACCAUCUGACUUAUACUCAUUCGGGCUGGUAUGCAUCUACGCUGUUCUUGGGCGUGUCAUACUAGGGCCUGAUGAUGACUUCAAAUUACACGAAUCGAAAGGCGCACUACCUGCAUUCAUCCGCCUGCAGCGCCAAAUAUCAUAUUUUGGGGACAAAGAAGGGUUGAAUGGGCUCAUGAAGCAUGUUGGUUACGAGGAAGCGAACUGCGAGGUUCUUAGAAUGCUUUGGGAGGAGCGAGCGGCAGAUUAUAUCCCAUAUGUGCCGUUCUCAGAGUGGACAGAUGUUGACUCGACGUUCAAGGACUUGAUCCGAGGGUUGAAUAGUCUGGAUCCCUCACAGCGGCUUACAGCUUGUCAGGCAUUGAACCAUCCCUGGUUUGAAGGCAUCGAAACUGCUUACUAGUUCGCUCGUUUUCAGGCUACAGUAAAUUUACAGGAAGC